AUGACUGAGAUCUAUCCCUCAAUCGCGCAGUGCGCCGUUGUCGCAACUGCGCUCAAGGUCCUGCUGCUACCUGCAUAUAAAUCCACCGACUUUGAAGUGCACCGCAACUGGCUGGCAAUUACCCACAGCUUGCCUCCAUGGCAGUGGUACUACGAAAAGACUUCAGAAUGGACGCUGGACUACCCACCCUUCUUCGCCUAUUUCGAAUGGACCAUGGCCCAGGUGGCCAAGCUCGUUGACCCUGCCAUGUUGAGGCUCUACAAUCUUGGCUAUGACAGCUGGCAGACCAUCUAUUUCCAGAGAGCGACCGUCAUCUUCACAGAGCUGAUCCUUGUGUAUGCUCUCCAGCUCUAUGUCGAUUCGGCUCAUGGCCUCUCCAAGCGUACAGCGCAGGCUGCCGCCAUUUCGAUCCUACUUUCCCCAGGGCUCCUCAUCAUCGACCAUAUUCACUUCCAGUACAACGGGGCCAUGUACGGGAUUCUGAUCGCUUCGCUGGUCCUCGCUCGCCAUAGAUCCGGACUCCUCCCGAGUGGUCUCCUUUUUGCAGCACUGUUGUGCAUAAAGCACAUCUAUCUCUACCUUGCACCGGCGUAUUUCGUCUGGCUGCUUCGGACGUACUGUCUUUCGCCAAAGUCUAUCUUUCGCAUUCAGUUUGCAAACUGUGUCAAGCUAGGCGUUGGCCUCCUGGUUGUGUUUGGGGCAGCAUUUGGGCCUUUCAUCUAUUGGGGUCAGAUUCCUCAAAUACUGAGCCGGCUCUUCCCAUUCAGCCGCGGGCUCUGCCACGCAUAUUGGGCACCCAACGUCUGGGCCAUGUACUCUUUCAUGGACCGUGUGCUCAUUAUUGUUGCGCCAAAGCUUGGGCUCUCACUAAAACCAGAAGCGCUCCAAAGUGGCACCAGAGGUCUCAUUGGGGAUACAGCUUUCGCUGUCCUCCCGGAGAUUACGCAGGGAAUUUGCACUCUGCUCGCUGUCAUCUUCUCCUUUGCGCCGCUAGUCAAGCUCUUCCAGAAGCCAACUUGGGAAGGUUUUAUUGGCGGAGUUACUCUCUCGGCCUAUGCUUUCUUCCUGUUCAGCUGGCACGUGCACGAGAAGGCUAUCCUCCUCAUCAUCAUUCCUUUCAGUCUGAUUGCUCUCAAGGACAAACGCUACCUGAGCGCGUUUCGGCCCCUUGCGGUAGCUGGUCAUGUCUCCUUGUUCCCACUUCUCUUUACCCCAGCAGAGUUUCCCAUCAAGGUCGUGUACACCAUAUUGUGGCUUGUACUCUUCCUGUUGACAUUUGACCGCUUGGCACCCCUCUCAAACCGCCCCAGGUUUUUCCUCUUUGAUCGUCUCACCAUCAUAUACAUUGCGGUGAGCAUUCCGCUGAUGGUCUACUGCUCGCUACUGCAUCCAGUCAUCUUUGGCAAGCGGUACGAGUUUCUGCCGCUCAUGUUCAUCAGUUCUUACUCGGCUAUUGGGGUCGUGGGCAGCUGGAUUGGUCUCCUGUCUGUUUAUGUCACUUCAUAG